AUGGGCGACCUGUGCCGCAAGCCAGACUGCUCCUGGCUGGCGCUGCCAUCGUUGAAGGACUUGAAAGAACCACCAGAAUUGGUUCCCAAUCCCGAGCUCUCUGGCGUAGGAGUGAUACUUGGCUUCUCCAUCACCGCCUACCUGACCGUCUUUCUUCUUUUGUUUCACUACCUCACGGUAUAUAACCCGCGCAUGAUCGGUGAAGUGGCGAGGCCAUACAUCAAUCCCGUUGAUAAAGGCCUGCUCAACUUUGUGCGCGGAAAGGUGACAUCAUGGACACCAAGCCGGCGCUUCGAAUACGCCAUGGAAAAGUCCGUCCUCAUUCUCAGCGACACGCAGCUCGUGACGGGCCUCGCCAUCUUGAUUGCAGGCUACUCGCAACUCUCCUGCGGAAUUGCAUCGUACCACUGGCAGAUCCUGGUGUACGUCGCAUGGUUCUCAUCCUUCACUUUUCUCUCUGCCAUGGCGUUCCUGGAGGGUUUCUUCCUCGCAAACAACAGCCUGCGUCUCAUCCGCGUGUUUUUCAUGUGCAUCAUGGGGACGCUGCAGAUUGCUGCACUUUUGCCGACGGGGAGUCGGAACUGGCUGGAUGCUGCCAGGGAAGCCGGACCGCUCUAUGUUGGGCUGAGUGCUGAGUGCUUUUAUCAACAGCUACCCAUGGCUAGCUAUAGUAGAGGAGGCCCAAGAAUGUGGUCGAUGGUCUUCUCGGUGCUCGUCGUUGGCGUCUCAUACAUCCAUACUGGCAUUAGAUUGUUCGAUCCCACCGCAAAGUUCAGUCGUAAGCACUUUCGCGCCAUUCCCGGAUCAUACGUCAAAAGUUUUCUCCAGUUUUUGGAGCACAGAGCUGCCUGUCGAGGUAUACGGGCUACCAUUUGGACGAUACCAUACUUGUUUGCCUUCGCGGGGUACGCAUCAGUUCGAGCAGCGUAUGAUAUAGCCGAGUCCAUGCUUGGCGAGAUCAUUUGGCUCUCUUUUGCAAUCGCGUGGGGUUCGCUCAAGGUGUGGGAUACGCGAUCAUUGGUUUGGUUCACCCAAUUGGAUGACGGAGACAUCACAUUCAAAAACACAUACAACGACGACGAUACAUGGUCGUUUGGACAAAUACUCCCCAUGGUCCUCUUGCUGCUGCCAAUCCUUUCCAUGAUUCAAUCUUACUUGGACAACGAUGCAAAAGCGCAAGAUGCAGUCCGCCGGGAAUCCAACCUUCUGAUUACGCACGACGGUAAGCCUUUUCAGACAGUCGGCCCUGCUGCAGUAGGCUCUGGCACAGGAACAGACGACAAGCAAAUAAGCAGCACGCACGACGCGACUUCGGACGGCAUAACGCGCUGCAAUCGCCGCCAGCCUCCCCCCAAUACGUUAUGUGGCAAUGCCACCCCUCCCGAUGAAAACAGAACUGCUCCGGCCAAAGAAUCAUCACCACCUGAUUCCGAAUCUCAGACCUCCCCUUGCCUCCCGCCCAAGGCCGUCCUUGCUUGCGUUCCCCGCCACCCCUACCCUCACCUGUUCGCCUACCACUGGUACCGGGACCACGUCUACCUUCUCGUCUGCCAGCUCCUCAUGAUCGGCUGCGUAAUCCUCUGGUUCCAAGGUGUCAUCGUAUCGAUCCUCGGGAUAUCGUACAUCCUACGCAGCCGGCUGUUUCUCAUAUGGUUAUUCGGGUUCAUCCCGCUGUCAAGCUUGGUGCAUCUUGUAGCGUGGUACCUCGCGGGUUGUGUGGUGAACAGGAUUGAUGGCGCGGAGGAGUGGUUAUACGGGACGGGGAGGUAUGGGUGCGCGGGUGGAGAGAGGAGCAGGAGGUGGUGGCGCAGAAUGACGAGGGGGAGGUGCGUGUAUUAUCUACUGGUGACUUUUCUUAAAGGAGGGCUGUUGACGAUGACGUUCCUGGGAAGUGCGGUCAUUGCGGGGCCACAGAAUAUUGAUCUGGGGACUGGAUGA